AUGUCGUCGGUGGUUCAAUCCAACGUAGCACUGCCAGCUGCGACUGCUCCGGCCGGUGGGGAACAACGUCGGAUACAGACAACCGAGUUCCACGAAACAGUGUGGGGGGAUCACUUCCUCACCACUACUCCUGCUGCGGCUCAGGCUCAGGCUCAGGCUCAUGAUGAGAUGUAUCCCUCUUAUCCUUUUCAGGGGCAUCCUGUCCCAGAUCUAGAAAUUGGGGAAUAUGAAGCUUUGAAGGAAGAGGUGCGAAGGAUGGUGACGGGUGAAGUUGAUGAUGAUGAUGAUGAGGCCAUAAUUCGGAAGUUGCGCUUGAUGGAUACAAUCCAACGAUUAGGCGUUGAGUAUCACUUCCAGAUGGAGAUUGAAGAAGCUCUUCAAAAUGUGUAUGUACAGGGAGGGGAAUUUUUCUUUGAGAAAUAUGAUGAUAUUGAUCUUUGCAAUGCCGCUCUCUGGUUUCGACUCCUCAGACAGCAAGGCUUUCGUGUUUCUACUGAUGGGUUUAGAAGGUUCAAGGACGAUGGAGGAAAGUUCAAAGAAUCGUUGGCAUCAGAUGCGCAAGGGUUGUUGAGUUUGUACGAGGCAUCACAUGUGGCGAUCCAUGGAGAAGACAUACUGGAUGAAGCUCGAGGCUUCACUACCAAAAACCUCAAGUUGCUUGUCCAGGAUCACAAGACCUCUUCGUUAUUGAAGAAGCAAAUCGAGUUUUCCCUCGACCUCCCUAUUUGGAAAUGUGUCCCUAGGACAAUUACUAGGCACUGCAUCGAAGUUUACUCUGAAUCCGACCAGCAAGCCAUGACCCAUAAUGAAGCAAUAAUCUUGAAGUUUGCAAAGUUGGACUUCAACUUUGUGCAGAGAGUCCAUCGGGAAGAGCUCCGCGAACUCUCAAUGUGGUGGGCAAGCCUUGACACGAAGACCAAAUUCCCAUAUGCGAAAGACAGACUUGCGGAGACGUAUUUCUGGAUCAACACAGUUUACCACGAGCCCAGGUACAGUGUGGGAAGGAGCAUACUCACCAAGUGUGGAGUUGUGUCGGUCCUGUUGGACGACGUCUAUGAUAACUUUGGCAAUUACGAUGAGCUUGAGAUGCUCACGGAAGCCAUUCAGAGGAUGGAUAUCUCUGCUCUCGACGAACUUCCAGCCACUAUGAAGGAGGCCUACCGGAUCGUCAUCGUUAACCUGUUCGAAGAAAUCGAGCAGGCAAUUUCAGGAACUGGGCCCACUUAUGGCGUAGACUACUGCAAGCGAGAGUUCAAGAGAAUGUGCCGGUCGUUCUUGGGCGAGGCCCGAUGGCGCACUGAGGGUCAUGUUCCGAAGCUGGAGGAGUACCUGACGCAUGCAAACAUAACCGGCGGCUAUUUCUUCCUCUGCCCGUCUGCGUACCUGGGCAUGGAACCAGAGCUGGCCACUCCAGAGGCUUUUGAGUGGGUAGCCGAUGUAACUAAUAAGAUGGUGAUGGCCUCCACCUCCAUCUGCAGGGUCCAAAACGACAUCAUGUCCUACCCGUUCGAGCAAAUGAGAUCGCACGUGGCGUCAGCAGUGCAGUGCUACAUGCAAGAGCACGGUGUCUCCGAGGAGGAGUCGACAAAGGCAAUGUGGGAGCGGAUUUCGGAUGCCUGGAAGGACAUGACUGAGGUGUUCCAGAAACCAACUCCAUUGCCUAGAGCUUUGUUGUUGCCUGUCAUCAACUUUGCGCGGACGAUCAGUGUGAUUUACUUGAAAGCCGAUGCCUACACUCACCCCCAGUUUCUGAGAGAACGCAUUGCUGAUCUCUUUGUCAAUCCUGUGCCGCUUUGA